GUCACCCAUGCAAAUCUAAAUGAACUGAUUGGAUUAUGUUUUGACCUUGUGUUGCUAUUGUAUCAGUAAUGCAUAUCCAACUUUCCUGAUUUUUGUGAGCAUUGCCCGUGUGUAUGGCUGUAGCUCAUCAUUGUGUACGUUUGAUGUGGUGUAUUGUCCUGUAUUCUAUGAGUUGUGGUUGAGAGCAAUCUGCAGAUUCAAGGAUGUGUUGGUGUAUUUGCAGAGAGCAUUUGCUCAUGUGACACGUUGUGUGUUGGAUGUUUUCCUGGGAGAGGUCGUAUUUUCUGCCCCCACCAUUCCUACCCCUCUUCCCUACGGUUUUCCUACCUCUUUGCUCUGCUCCUUUAAUUCUGCUUCUCCUGCCCACACCUUGUAUACAUGAAGCGUUGUAAGUCAGAUGAAUUUGACCCUGAAGAGGUGGGUGCACAAGAUGCUUCUCCACCACACUCUGCUAUGGAUAUGCGAAGCUCAGACUACCCUAUACCAGGGGAUGUGGGACCUGCAGGGGCAUUUGUUAGCCAUGGACCACCAACCAUCACUCGGAACAAGCCACCAGACCUCAAGAAGAUCCAGCAGCUCUCUGAAGGUUCCAUGUUUGGCCAUGGAUUAAAACAUCUAUUUCACAGCCGCCGGCGUUCUAGAGAGCGAGAUCAUCAACCAGCACAAGAUUCAACUGUCCUACCUUCUACUCCUGGCCCUACAACUGCACAGGUUUCCAGUGGUGCAACCCUCUCUUCCUCAGACCACGACUCUGCAGAUGAAAAGGAGCGUUCUCCAGAAAUGCACCGUGUUUCUUAUGCCGUCUCCCUGCAUGACCUCCCUGCUCGUCCCACUGCCUUCAACCGUGUACUUCAACAAAUCCGCUCUCGCCCCUCUGUUAAGAGAGGGUCUGGCCAUCAGGUGGGGGGUCGAAGGAGCAAAAGUGGGCCUGGGGACACUGCUCAUCAUCAUCACCAAUCACUUCGGGGAGGAAGCCCCCACCUUCCACGACGAGUUCCUCCUUUGGACGGUGGGCUUGCAGCAGUAUUACACCAUCACCAGGGCAGACCACGUUCCUCCUCUACCACUGAUGCGGCAUUGUUGGCAGCUGGUGAUACCGGUGCAACCGGGGGACUGGCACAUGAGGAUCCAGAAAGAACAGCAGAGAAGCAGGUCGAUAAAGGAGAUCUAAGCACCUUGAGCCUCCCCCCUAGUACUGCACAUGGCGGCUCAGAGGGAAACAUCAGCCUGGAAGUCCCAGAGGGGGCCCCAGACCCUCAGCGCACAAAGGCAGCUAUGGAUCAUCUACACCAAAAAAUCCUCAAAAUUACUGAACAGAUUAAGAUCGAGCAAGAGGCAAGGGAUGAUAACGUGGCCGAAUACCUUAAACUGGCAAAUAAUGCAGACCGCCAACAGGCCCUCCGCAUUAAACAGGUAUUUGAAAAGAAGAACCAGAAGUCUGCCCAGACCAUUGCUCAGCUGCACAAGAAACUGGAGCAUUAUCACAAGAAGCUGAAAGAGAUCGAACAGAAUGGAAUAUCUCGGCAACCUAAAGAUGUCCUGCGAGACAUGCAGCAAGGGCUGAAAGAUGUUGGAGCUAAUGUGCGUGCUGGAAUCAGUGGCUUUGGCGGAGGUGUGGUAGAGGGUGUUAAAGGGGGACUCUCUGGCCUAUCCCAGGUUACUCACACUGCAGUGGUAUCAAAGCCUCGUGAGUUUGCCAGCCUCAUCCGUAACAAAUUUGGCAGUGCUGACAACAUUCCACACCUAAAGGAUCAACUGGAAGAAGAUGGGGAAGGACAAGGUAGUUCUCGGGCACUGAGUGGCAGUGCCACUUUGGCCCCCAGCCCUAAAUAUGGAAGUGAUGAUGAGUGCUCUAGUGCCACCUCUGGGUCUGCUGGUGCAGGGAGUAAUUCUGGAGCAGGUCAGGGAGGACCUGGAAGCCCCAGGUCUAACACUUUGGAUGGGCAUCACCAUGUACACCAUGGGGGGUUUGAAGCUAUACUUGAGGAGCUUUGUGAGAUCAAAGAUGGGCAAAGCCACUUGGAGGACUCGAUAGAAGACUUGAAAUCACAACUGCAGCGAGAUUACAGUUAUAUGACACAAUGUCUCCAGGAGGAGCGUUACAGGUAUGAGCGGUUGGAAGAGCAGCUUAAUGAUUUGACAGAGCUCCACCAGAAUGAGAUGACUCUCCUGAAGCAGGAGCUGGCCAGCAUGGAAGAGAAGGUGGCUUAUCAAUCAUAUGAGCGAGCCAGGGAUAUCCAGGAAGCGGUGGAGUCCUGCCUCACCAGGAUCACUAAGCUCGAGUUGCAGCAACAGCAGCAGCAAGUUGUACAACUUGAGGGAGUAGAAAAUGCCAAUGCGCGGGCUCUUUUGGGAAAGUUCAUCAAUGUGCUGCUGGCCCUAAUGGCUGUGUUGCUGGUUUUCGUAUCUACGACUGCUAGCUUCAUCACCCCUCUAGUCAAGACUCGGCUACGUCUACUUUCCUCUAUUUUAUUCCUGCUUUCUCUCCUCACGCUAUGGAGGCAUUGGGACAAUGUUACUUACUGCCUCGAACAUGUUCUCCUGCCCAGUUGAUCCUGUCUCCCUUAUCCUUCGGACCUUCAACUUAUUUCUGCCCUACCAGUGUGGACGAAAGACGUGGGGGAGCUGCUGCUGCUAUCUAGCUCCCUCUCUAUAUAUAUAUUUCUGGAUCUGUUAUGCAUAUAUUGAUACACAAAAAUAGAUCUUAUUCUUAUUUAAACAGGGCAGCUAAUUGUCCUCUUGUCUUCAGCUCAAGAGGUAGAGGAGACGUACAGAGGAAUAUGAAAAUCUGUUAAAGAGAAUAUGCUAAUGGAGAGAAUAGAAGAGCCACUGUACAAAACAGAGUUGAAGUGAUGUAUCAUGGGAUUGAAAUGUUCUGCAGUGUGAAUAAUUUGCACUGCUCUGCAUUAUGGGAAGUAAUAUCUAUGAAAGUGUGUACACGAUAGAUUACAUACCUCCACAUCAUUGAAAAUGAAUUAAUGUAGAGUGUGAGGCUAUAAUGAGGGUUAUAUCAGAGAUAGUCAUUCCAAAAUUCUCACCUCUGUCCUUUAUAUGGACCCUAUGCAGACAUUAAAAAAAAUAAUGUCCAUGACCUAACCCUACAGUCUUGCAUGGCGAGAGAACAUUGUUAGACUUGUUGUUAAGCUCUGUAGGGCUUUAAAAUAGGGUCAACUAUUUUACUUUUUAUCAACUCUCAAAGAGUCAUUAAUUUAUUACUAACAUGGGGCUAUGCAUGUCAAGGUUAUAUGCACACAGUGAAGAAGGGACAGGAAGGGGCUAGCUAAAAGAGGUUAAUUUAUUGUAAUUUAAAAAAAAUGCAAUAAUUAUUAUAAUAUGUUCUGCAAGAUCUGAUGUAAGCUUGCACUCUAACAUGACCUUCAUAGUUUACUGGUCGACGAGGUAGGGUAGAGAAACUGCUUAUGAUGCUAAGUUGUCAUACAGUGAAUAGAAGUUAUUGGGCUUCAAAUAUGAUUCAAGUUAUCAUAAGCCUCUGACAGUUUUAUCUGUUUUGUUUGUUUUAACUUUGCACACAUUUGUGUUUAUCUAAAAUAUAUAUUUUUAUUUAUUUUUCUUUUUUUUAAGAGUUGACAUUUAAAAGUUUUUAAUGAAUUCUGAAAGUUUAAGAACCCUUACUUUUCAGUUUGUGAUGUUUAGCUAUAUUAAUGGCAAAUAUGCUCUUCAAAGCACGUUGUGCUUCAUAAACAAGUGAAAACACUCAACCAACAAUAUAACAAGUAUUAUGUACCAUUUUCUACAAUUCUUUUUAACACUCCUAUAGCAAUAGCGGUGAAGAACACAGAUGAAAUCAUUUUACAUCUUUGGCCUGUAUAACACAUUUUAUCCACUAAGUUUUAGUUUGUAUUUUUAACCAUUUUACCUGGGUAUGUACAAAUUGAGGACUAUCACUAUACAUGAUGGAUACAUAUCACUUGAUAUUGUCUCUAGACGGGACAUUUUGCACAAUAUACUGGGAGACAAAUUAACCUAUAUGUUGUGGGUAUAUUGUUUGGAAGGACAGCCUACCCUCUCUUCCUGGGUUGCCGGUUUAUGAUUAGUGUCACAAAACAGUUUAUGUUACAGAUUUUCUUGCUUCUGUUCAGAAAUAAACUUUACAACUUCAAAAAAAUCAAUAAAA